GUGAGACUGAAUCCCAUAGAUUAUGGCUGGUCCAUGUUAACAUUGCCCAAAACACAAAGACAAGGAUAUGCCUUGUCCUGGUGGCCGUCUUCACUAUUCUUGGCAGAGGCAUUGUAGAAGCAAUAGUCUCUUAUCUGGAACCAGGCUGUCGGGUUUUUCUAUAGUUCUCGCGAGGAUUUUAUUCUUUUUCAGAGGGCCUGGAUUUAAAAAUAGGUGUCAGCUCAGCUGUGUUUGCACUGCAUUGAUGAUCGACACAUGGUGUCAAUCUAGACAAGAUAUGUCGCAGGCUUGUCCAAGGUUACAGAGCCAGAGAACUUGGAUAUAGUGGGCACGCCAUAGCUUUGAGGACUUUGUCUCGCUAUGGUUUGGACCUAGCUCUCACAGACACAUUCGAUUACUUCCCUUAUCGUUAUUUUGGAGUUUCCGUUCUGCUCCUGCUGAAUGAGGGAUGUUC